CCGUUGAUCCGAAUUUUUACGGAUAUGCGAUUCUCAAAUUGUUUGAAAAUAUUGCCACUAUAAUUGAUCAACAUCAGCCAGUGGUCGAAGCUCAUUAUGGUCCAGGAAAGAUGAUCAGAGUUAUUGAGAGACUUCAAGAAGAAUGUGAUAAGCAGUGCCGAAUUAUUUUAGAUACUUUUCGUGAUGAAAGACAAAUCCAUCGAAAGGUCGCUGAUAUAAAAAUAUAUAACACGUCGAAAAAACCAAUUGGUCCUCAACGUUCUGGACAACCCCGAGAAAUUGAUAAUGUACCCGAUCCUAGGGAACUUGAUGUUGUAUUGACUGAGUUGGCAAUGAUUAGUGCAAGAACUCACUUGUAUUAUCGAUUUAUUGAAGCAAGAGCAAAUUCAGAAGUUGAAGCUACGAAAGCAAGUAGAGAAGCCGAUGUAUCAUUAAUUGAAAAAGACGGGAAUGAUUAUGAUCCAACGAGUAUAACGAGGAAUAGUGAAUUAUCUAAACAAGUUAAAUCGUUGAUGGCCGAUUUUCUUGUCAUGGAGGAAUAUUUUUUUAGAAAAGCAAUUGAAAAAGCCAUGAUUAUUGACGAUUAUGAUGAAGGUAGCAUAACUUCAAGUUGUGUUGGCGAUGUUUUUUAUAUUCUCAAGGAAUGUCUUACUCGGGCGCUGUCUACCUCGGAUUUUGAGUGUUUGACUUCUAUGGUUAAUCUUGUAAAUCAAAGUUUAGAAUUUGAUUAUAUUACAUUGUUUCAGAAAAGGCUUGUAACGGCUUUUGCCACUCCUGAACCAAAAGAUGCUAAAACCGGUUAUAUGAUACUGUUAAAUAAUUUGGAUGUAAGCCGUGAUUAUAUGCAACGGCUCACGACGGAGUUAAUGACGUUACCUUCAAUCAGUGACGAUAGCAAAGAAAAGGUACAAAGAUGCUUUAUACGGCUUAAUGAGGCUACGACAAACAAGUUUCAGCAGAUUUUACAGAAUGGACUUGAACAACUGUUUACACAAAUGGUAAAACCAAGAAUUCGCCCAAUUUUGCAAGAUGCUUAUAAAGAUAUUAAAUAUGUUCUUAGCGAAGAUGAAUAUCAUGAACAAGAAUCGAACGAUAGUUUUGCAAAACGCUUUGUAUCUGGAUUUGAUGCAUUAAUUCAAAUUUAUCAGUCAACAUUCUCAGAUAACAAUUAUAAUCAAUUAAUGAUGCAUAUCUUAGAAUCGGUUACUAAUAUGCUAGAAAAAACUGUUUUUGGCACCAAGUUCAACCAGUAUGGUGCUCUCAGAUUUGACAAAGAUUUAAGAGCUGUAAACAAUUAUUUCUCCACAAAAAUGCGAUGGGUAUUCAGAGAUAAAAUGACAAGAUUAAACCAAAUUUCAACAUUAUUGAAUUUGGAAAGUUUAUCAGAAAUUUAUGACUACUGGGGAAGCGCCACAAAGGCCACAAGCCCUAUUACUUGGAGGCUAACUGUUGCUGAAGCUAAGAAGAUUGUUGGGUUAAG